AUGGACAAUAUGUCUAUUACUAACACGCCAACAAGUAAUGAUGCUUGUCUGAGCAUUGUUCACAGCUUGAUGUGCCAUCGACAAGGUGGAGAGAGUGAAACUUUUGCAAAACGUGCAAUCGAAAGUUUAGUUAAGAAGUUAAAGGAGAAAAAAGAUGAAUUGGAUUCUUUGAUUACAGCCAUAACCACAAAUGGAGCUCAUCCUAGUAAGUGUGUUACAAUACAGAGAACGCUGGAUGGGAGGCUUCAGGUGGCUGGUCGCAAGGGAUUCCCUCAUGUGAUUUAUGCUCGUCUUUGGAGGUGGCCUGAUCUUCAUAAAAAUGAACUCAAGCAUGUUAAAUAUUGUCAGUAUGCUUUUGAUUUAAAAUGUGACAGUGUCUGUGUAAAUCCUUACCAUUAUGAGCGUGUAGUAUCGCCUGGCAUCGAUCUCUCAGGACUGACACUACAGAGUUCUGCUCCAUCAAGCAUGUUGGUGAAAGAUGAAUAUGUUCAUGACUAUGAGGGUCAGCCAUCAUUGUCUUCUACUGAGGGCCAUUCAGUCCAAACCAUCCAGCAUCCACCAAGUAACAGGGCAUCUACGGAGCCUUAUAGCACCUCAGCCAUGUUAGCGCCUUCUGAGGCUAGCACUACCAGCACCACUAAUUUUCCCAACAUUCCUGUGGCUUCAACAAGUCAACCUACCAGUAUAUUGACAGGUAGCCAUAGUGAUGGACUCUUACAGAUUGCUUCAGGGCCUCAGCCAGGAAUUCAGCAGAAUGGGUUUACAGCUCAGCCAGCUACUUACCAUCACAAUAGUACUACAACUUGGACUGGAAGUCGAACAGCAGCCUACACACCUACGAUACCUCACCACCAGAAUGGCCAUCUUCAGCAUCAUCCACCUAUGCAUCCUGGACAUUACUGGCCAGUUCACAAUGAACUUGCAUUCCAACCUCCUAUAUCAAAUCAUCCUGCUCCAGAAUAUUGGUGUUCAAUCGCAUAUUUUGAAAUGGAUGUGCAAGUUGGGGAAACGUUUAAGGUCCCUUCAAGCUGUCCAAUUGUUACUGUUGAUGGAUAUGUGGAUCCUUCUGGAGGAGACCGUUUUUGCCUGGGCCAGCUUUCCAACGUGCAUAGAACAGAAGCCAUUGAGAGAGCAAGGUUGCACAUAGGUAAAGGAGUGCAGUUGGAGUGCAAAGGAGAAGGUGAUGUAUGGGUUAGAUGCCUCAGUGACCAUGCGGUCUUCGUUCAGAGUUACUACCUGGAUAGAGAAGCAGGGCGUGCACCAGGGGAUGCUGUUCACAAGAUUUACCCAAGUGCAUAUAUAAAGGUGUUUGAUUUACGUCAAUGUCAUCGUCAGAUGCAACAGCAGGCUGCCACUGCCCAAGCUGCUGCUGCUGCUCAAGCUGCAGCUGUAGCCGGAAACAUCCCUGGACCAGGAUCAGUAGGUGGAAUAGCCCCAGCGAUUAGUUUGUCAGCUGCUGCAGGAAUUGGUGUAGAUGACCUUCGUCGCUUAUGCAUACUCAGGAUGAGUUUUGUAAAAGGUUGGGGACCAGAUUACCCAAGACAGAGCAUCAAAGAGACACCAUGCUGGAUUGAAAUUCAUUUACACCGUGCCCUCCAGCUUCUAGAUGAAGUACUUCAUACCAUGCCCAUUGCAGACCCACAACCUUUAGACUGA